AACGGCCAGCCAAGGCAGCAACACUGGGCGAACAAGGAGAGCAACGCUGUGCGCAAGCGCGGCUAUAUAUGCGUUCCCGUGUCUUCAAUAAACGCUUCUUCGUGUGGUGAUCACGGUGUGCAUUACGCUCGAUACAUGGUGUCAGAAGUGUAGCUCGCUCACGGACCAUGACCGACCUACCCCCGCCUGAGCCACUGCAAGUGGGCGACAACGCAGCGGCGUCCUGGCAGACAUUCAAGCAACGCAUCGAGCUGUACCUGAUAGCAACGGAGCCCACGAAGCCACGCAGUAAGGAGCAGAAAGCUGCAAUUUUUUUGCAUGUUGCGGGUCAAGAAGCUAUUGACGUGUUUAAUACCCUGAACCUAUCACCGGAGGAAGCUAAUGACUACGACGCGUUGGUUAAAGCGUUUGAAAACUACUGCUUGCCUAAGCGUAAUGAGACUUACGAACGCUAUGUGUUCCGCUCGCGUCGUCAGGCACACGGAGAGCCAUUUGAACAGUUCUUUCGGGAUCUGCAACUAAAAGCAAGAACGUGCAACUUUGGGGAUUUGCGAGAUUCCAUGCUGCGGGACCAAAUCGUGUAUGGCAUUUGCAGCACUUCCCUGCGAGAAAAACUUCUUCGAAAGAAAGACUUGACGCUGGUUACAGCAGUAGAAUGCUGCAAAGCUGAGGAACUUGCCGAAUCGCAAAAUAGGGCGUGGAUGGAGGAAAACAAGAUUGAACCUGUUUCACGAACGCAAGCGAAACGCGGGCGCCAAAAAUGCCGGUACUGCAACUUCUCGCACGCGCCAAGGAAGUGUCCGGCGUUCGGCAAGACAUGCAACAAGUGCACGAAGCCUAAUCACUUCGCCGCCUGCUGUACAAGCAAGCGAGCAGCCGUUGAUGACGUGUUCGAAGGAGCGGAGAGUGGCAGUGACUUCGACGUUCUGGAGAUCAGCACGACGGAAAGUAAGCGUGGCCCCGAAAGUCGCGACUGGAUUAUAACAACGAACAUUGAAGGAACUGAUGUGCAGCUGAAGGUCGAUACGGGAGCGCAGGCUAACUUGUUGCCGCGUUCGCUGUUCAAAAGGCUCGGAACUAAGCAGCAGCCGUACCCCACGAGGAGCAUCCUGCGCCAUUAUGGGGGUGGCGAAAUACCACACAGUGGCAAGGUUCGCCUCGCCGUGCAGUUAGACAAACGGCGUGUGCUACUUGAGUUCUUCAUAGUAAAGAAGAAGCAAGCCAUUCUGGGCCUCGGGGCAAGUGAGCAACUUGGUCUGGUCAACAGAGUGAACGCGGUGGACAGCAGCGAGGCAUAUGGAAGCCUAAAGCAGGCAUUCCCGAGGUUAUUCACUGGCAUUGGCAGGACGCGGUGCGAGUACAAAAUGGUGCUUCGAGAGGACGCUGUCCCUGUGGUACAGCCAACCCGGCGUGUACCUUUCGCCCUCAAGAAGCCACUUAAGAAAGAACUUGACCGGAUGAAUGCUGCAAACAUCAUCGAGAAGGUGGAAGAACCAUCAGACUGGUAUGUUCCAGGCAGCAAAUUGGUUGUUGCUGACACAUUGUCACGAAUCCCAUCACGGGAACAACCAGAAAAAGGCACAACGGACGUUGAAGUUCAUGCCGUGGGCGCCCUGACUGCCGUCGUCGGACCAGCCACCCUAUCCCGUCUGCAGGUAGCAACUGCCAGUGAUGCAACGGCGCAAGACGUCAUCUCCAGGCUGCAGUCAUCAAUGCCUAUAGAAGUUUCAAGUCCACGUUUUCCCAGGUCCAAUGGGCUCGCCGAGAAGGGCGUACAAGUGGUCAAGCGGCUUCUGGGCAAGACUGAGACCAAGAAAGAGGACUUCUAUUUGGGCCUUCUCAACUACAGGGUGUGUCCUCUCGAAGAUGGCCGUUCACCAUCGGAACUGCUAAUGGGACGAAGUCUAAGAACGCUACUUCCAAAUUUUUCAGCGUCAUCCUCAGGUCUCGUUCAAAAACAUGUUCAGGCAAGGACCUCAGGAAGACCACUACCUCCGCUACAGAAGGGAGACGUCGUCCGAAUCCUCCGAAAUGGUAGAUGGGAUAUCAAAGCGCAAGUCCAAGAUCUCGUGGCCCCGAGAUCGUACACCGUUCUGACUGAGGAUGGCCGGAUUUUCCGUCGAAAUAGACAGCACCUUCGCAAAACACCAGAAGCGUUCUAUCGAACCAUCCAUUACCAGGCGGACGACUGCGACGACGCCCCUGAUUCAUCUCCGAGCGCUGUCACACAGCAGAGGCAAGAACCUCCGCAGGCCACACAGGACCGACCACCAGCAGGCACACCAGGAGUGCCCAACAUUGCAGAUUCACUGCGACGAUCUACCAGACCGCGAAGACCCCCAGACCGCCUGGCCUACACGCACGGGUUCCAGCAGACUGAAACAGCCUAGGAGUGUCGACUGCUACGCAUCGAUGUUG